ACGGACGAGUAAAGCAAAGUGUGCCUGUGGAAAACCUUGGGAUGGCGCCAGUGUUCUUCAUGUGCAUCAUGUUUAGCGCGAGUUCUGAUACGACGCCCCAGACAAUGGCGUCGCGUAUUGUCUACUUUACUAUGCAUCUCACUGCUGUCAUCCUGUUCGUGGCGUACUCGGCCACCUUCAUCUCCUUCCUUGCUGUUCGCCGCCAUGAUCUGCCCUUCACCGAUUUCACUGGCCUCCUAAAGGACGGAACGUACAGGCUGGGAGUCCUUUCAGGUUCCGCUCGUGUCGAUUUCUUUAAGAAAUCGAAGAUAAGCGCACUAAAUGAAAUUUACCGGAAGUUAAUACAUCCUGACGUCACUAACCUACCAAACAGUGAUUCUGAGGGACUACAACGGAUUUGUAGGAAUGAAAAGUACAGUUACGUUAUUUCUCAGACAACACUCCGAGGACUGGCCAGAAGUAUACCUUGCAGUAUUGUCGGUGUUCCUCAGGCUUAUUACACUGUCGCAGCAACCAUGAUCAUCAGCAAAUCAAGUCCUUACAAGAGGAUCUUAAAUUAUCAUGUUCAAGAAAUAAAGCGAACUGGGAUACUGACGAGGAUUGAAGCCAAUGCAUGGCCACCGAAGUACAGUGAGAUACUGGAAGAACCACCAUCCAGCGUCAAUUUGGGAACCGUUACAGUAUUUUUCGUUAUUCUGUUGAUGGCGGUAAUAGCUUCUGUGUUCGUCCUUGCAGUCGAAUUUGGGAUACGAAUUCUUGGACAAUCAUAUUAAUUGGCUUCUUUCACAACAAGUUAGUUUGCUUGUGACGAGAUAUCUCGUCGCAGAAUUCGAUGUGCACUG